AAUUGUAUUUUCUUUUUGUGCAAUUUUGUUGAAUUCUCAUUAUCAAUAUGUGACAAUUUUCUUUUCUUGUUGGGAUGCUUGUGGCCAACUAGCGAGCCAAACAGGAGAACUAUACUUGAUUUGAAAGAUAAGCAUUGUCAAGGAAAAGAGUAUAAUAAUCUAUUUAUAAAUUGCGGCGGCGAGAAAAUUCGUGUUGAGAGGAUUGAUUACGAUGGAGAUAAUGCAAGAUCGAAUUUUAAUGUAGAUCAUGAUGGAAAAUGGGCUUACGCUUGUUCAGGAGGAUUCUUGAACUAUCUUUCGAACCAUGUCAAUAGAAGUGAUUACAUAAGAGAAACUACAAACGGAAGCUCAAUAUUUGAAAAUGACGGAAUGUUGUACAAAACAGCUCGCCUUUGUCCAGUGUCACUCUCUUACUAUGGCUUCUGUAUGAGGAAAGGCAACUACACAGUCAAACUUCACUUUAUUGAAAAUACUUUUGCCAUGGAUGAUGAUGACUACAGCAAAUUAAAGGAACGUAUUUUUGAUGUUUAUAUUCAGGGGGAGAGAAGAUUAAAGGAUUUCAACAUAAAAUAUGAGGCAAAUGGUCCAAACAGAAUUGUCACCAAGGUUCAGCCUGUUGAAAUAAAAGAUAAUAUCUUGGAGAUUCAUCUCUUUUGGGCUGGCAAAGGAUCUCAAAGCUACUUAAAUGGACCUCUCAUAUCAGCCAUCGCGGUAACACCAAACUUCAAAGUUGACGGAGAGAAACUCUCUCCUCGACAAAUAGCAGGGAUUGCAGUAGGUGCUGUACUGACUCCAUUGCUUGUAUUGACAUUCAUGUGGCAAAUGGGCUGGUUGGAAAGCAAAGAGCUGCAAAAAAUCCACAUAGAGGUCCAAGGCAAAUCUGUCACCCUCCAACAAAUAAUAGAUGCUACUAGAAAUUUUAGCUCCAAAAAGGAGAUUGGGAAGGGGCGUUAUGGGAUAGUAUACAAGGCUGAACUGCCUGAUGAAAUUAAAUUAGCAGUGAAGAAGAUUUCUCCUGACAUAAAUCAGCAAGAGAAGAAUGAAUUAAAAAAGGAAAUUUUCAGCCUGAAAUCAUUGAGUCAUGAGAAUGUGGUUCGAUUGUUGGAUGGCUAUUGUGACAAGAAAGGCCUUUAUCUGCUAAUAUAUGAGUAUAUGGAUAAUGGCUCCCUACAUCAGGCCCUGUUCGAUCCAAAUUCAAGAACCAUUCUUGAUUGGAAAGUGAGAUAUGAUACAUGCUUGGGGAUAGCAAAAGGUUUGAAGUAUCUACAUGAAGAAAAAAGAUUUGAUAUCGUUCAUGGAAACAUAAAAGCUGCGAAUAUUCUGCUUGACAAAUCUUACACUGCAAAGUUAUCGGACUUCGGAUUAGCAAGGCUUUGCCGUGAGGAAGAUCCAUUCAUGUCUAUCAUCAAAGCAAGAGCAGCAAGAGUAUAUAUGGCACCUGAGUAUGCAAGAGGAGAAGUCAUCACCGUCAAAGCAGAUGUUUACAGUUUUGGAGUUGUUCUACUUGAAAUUGUAAGUGGGAAAAUCAGUGCUGAUCAUACGCCAAAAGGAGAAAUGGAUUUCCUCCUCGACAAGGUAAGUGAAGCUUAG